UGACAAACGGGCUUGUUUGCAAACGCUCACUCUGAAGUGAGGAGCUCCUCUGCAGCUUGUCUGACUCUGUGAAAGGAUCCACUGAUGCAGAGCUGCUGCCUCCUCCUCCACAGGCCUCAGAUGACUGCUUGUGUUCAGCUUAUGCUGGCUGCCACCCUGUGGAUGAUGCCUGGAGGCGUCAAUACUUAUCGCAGCAGACGUAAACCAGCAAUUUCACCCAGAGAGAUGAAUGCGCUGCUGGAUUACCAUAACCGAGUCCGCUCUCAGGUCUUUCCUCCUGCUGCUAAUAUGGAGUACAUGCUGUGGGAUGAGGGACUUGCUAAGUCAGCUGAUUCAUGGGCUUCACGAUGUGUUUGGGAUCACGGUCCGACACAGGCCAUGAAAUACGUGGGUCAAAACCUGUCAGUCACUUCAGGAAGGUACCAGUCUAUCACAGAUCUGGUCAGGUCCUGGAACGAUGAGAGGCAUCACUUCUCCUACCCAAACAGAUGCAGUGGGUCAGUGUGCUCUCACUACACUCAGAUGGUGUGGGCGAGCACCAACAGAGUGGGAUGUGCUGUCAGGAAGUGCUCCAACAUGGACGUGUUCGGCAGCACCUGGAGGGAAGCAACGCUGCUGGUCUGCAACUACUUGAUAAAAGGAAACUGGGUAGGAGAAGCUCCGUAUAAGACUGGAAAGCCAUGUUCUCUCUGUCCAUCCAGCUACAGAGGCUCCUGCUGGAGAAACCAGUGCACACUGAACAAAAAACCCAGGAGACUUUAACACAAGAAAGAAGCUAUUAACACAACACAGUGUUUUAAUUUGUAAACUGAAAAAAAGAAUCCGCAACAGUUCCAAAUGUGACUCACAAAAGCUGUACAACAAGACAAUCUGGAUAAAUGACGCAUGUGUCCAGUUACCACUGUUACCAUUUGUACUGUAAAUACUUUAUUUACUGCAACACUUGAAUUUCUAUUCCAGUUACAAAAUAAUGUUACAACUGUUAUUUCCUUUGACUUUUAGGAGCUUUGCACUGUUAGAACCUGUUUAAUAAUAAUAAAAAAAAGCAGUUUUAUGCUACAAGUUGCUCAUUUUAGCCCUGAUAUACAUCUUUGAUUGUCUUUCUAGACUGUGAACCUGUUCCCACAGUAAAUGACAAUGCAUUUAUGGUUGCCUGUUUGCCUGACCGAACAUUAAUUAAGUUAUAAAUAACUGAUGAGGCUGUAUAUUCAGCACAAGUAAUUCGCUGUUCACCACUUGUGUUUAUUCACUGCAGCUGCAGGAAAUUUUCUGUCCUGCAUUUCACCUCAUUACAGCUCAGCAUUUACCCAUCAGAGACUUUUUCUGUCAUAAACCCCAGCCUAAUGCAGCUUUUAU